GCCGCUCCGCCUCUUCCGAGCCGGGUCGCGGCCUGGGCGGGCAGAGCGAGGCUUCCGAGGGUGAGGGUGCCCUCGCGGGUCAGGGCAGACCCCGCCGGGCAGCAUGUCCCGGAACCUGCGCACCGCGCUCAUUUUCGGCGGUUUCGUCUCCCUGGUCGGCGCCGCUUUCUACCCCAUCUACUUCCGGCCCCUAAUGAGGCUGGAGGAGUACCAGAAGGAACAGGCCAUAAAUCGGGCUGGUAUUGUUCAAGAAGAUGUGCAGCCACCAGGGUUGAAGGUGUGGUCUGAUCCCUUCRGCAGGAAAUGAGAAGGCCACCACCAGCUUCGAUUGUGGAAUGAGACAUCUGCAUGCUUUUGACUCAGCAUUGAUAGAGUAAACCACCUCACUAGAGAGAUGGCUGGAGGAGAAAGUGAAAGCUGUCGGUAAGAGGCCUGUAAUAAAGACCGUGCACAAGGACUGACAUUCCCUCAAGAAUCAGAAGAAUCCUGGAAUACACUACACCAUUAGGAAGGUUUUCAUGACUCGGCUGACUUUGUUGCACUCUUGCAAGGCCAUUCGCAGGAGAUUUGCUCGUCACUGAGUCUUCAUCACUAGCCGAGCUAUGCUACGAAUUCAUAGAACCUGUGGGCUUAAGGAGGUCCACGCCUCUUUGCCCCUCCAAAUGAGAGAUUUGAACUUCCUUGAAAAUGGUCAAGUUGAUAAAGCUCUUUGAGGGCAAGGUACUUUGUGCAUUUUAAAAAUACCCCAUUCAUCUCAACCAUCUCUUGUUAAAAGAUUAUUCCAUGUUAGAAAAGAAAUAAAUACAAAGUGAGUCAAACUAGACCAGUGCGCAUGUGUAGAAGAAAUCAGUGGUGAAUUAACAGAGGUGAAAAUGUGUCUAUUAAAAUGAUUUAUUUUUACUUUG